AUGGCGCCCGCCCCCCACUACGCCCCGGCCCCGCCGCAGGAGCCUGCGCCCCCCCCGGGGGCCCCCGUCAAGCUGAAGCGGGAGAUCUCGCUGCUCAGCGGCGUCUGCCUCAUCGUGGGGAACAUGAUCGGGUCGGGCAUCUUCGUGUCGCCCAAGGGCGUCCUGCUGCACAGCGCCUCCUACGGGCUGGCGCUGGCCGUGUGGGCCGUGGGCGGCCUCUUCUCCGUCUUCGGGGCGCUGUGCUACGCCGAGCUGGGCACCACCGUCACCAAGUCGGGGGCCAGCUACGCCUACAUCCUGGAGGCCUUCGGGGGGCUGGCGGCCUUCGUCCGCCUCUGGGCCUCCCUCCUCAUCAUCGAGCCCACGAGCCAGGCCGUCAUCGCCCUCACCUUCGCCAGCUACAUGGUGCAGCCCGUCUUCCCGAGCUGCCCCGGGCCCUACGCCGCCCAGCGCCUGCUGGCCGCCGCCUGCAUCUGUCUCCUGACAUUCGUUAACUGCGCCUACGUGAAAUGGGGGACGCGCGUCCAGGACGUCUCCACCUACGCCAAGCUGCUGGCGCUGCUGGGCGUCAUCGUGGCGGGCGUCGUCCGCCUGGCUCAGGGACACUCCGAGCACUUUGCUGACCCCUUCGCGGGCUCCUCGCUGGCCGUGGGGGACCUCGCCCUGGCCCUGUACUCGGCGCUGUUCUCCUACUCGGGCUGGGACACCCUCAACUUCGUCACCGAGGAGAUCAAGGACCCCGAGAGGAACCUGCCGCUGGCCAUCGGGAUCUCCAUGCCGCUGGUUUCGGCCAUUUACCUGCUGACCAACGUGGCCUAUUACACGGUGCUGGCGCCCGCCGAGCUGCUGGCCAGCGACGCCGUGGCCGUGAGCUUCGCCGACCGCGUCUUCGGCGUCUUCAACUGGACCAUCCCCCUGGCCGUGGCCCUGUCCUGCUUCGGGGGGCUGAACGCCUCCAUCCUCGCCGCCUCCAGGCUGUUUUUCGUGGGCUCGCGGGAGGGGCACCUGCCCGACGCGCUCUGCAUGAUCCACGUGGAGCGAUUCACCCCCCUGCCAGCGCUGCUCUUCAACGGGGCCAUGGCUCUGGUCUAUCUCUGCGUGGAGGACAUCUUCCAGCUCAUCAACUACUACAGCUUCAGCUACUGGUUCUUCGUGGGCCUGUCCAUCGCUGGGCAGCUCUACCUGCGCUGGAAGGAGCCCGACAGGCCCCGCCCACUCAAGUUGAGCAUCGUCUUCCCGCUGUUUUUCUGCCUCUGCACCGUGUUCCUCGUGGCCGUCCCGCUCUACACCGACACCCUCAACUCGCUGAUCGGCAUCGGCAUCGCGCUCUCAGGGCUGCCCGUCUACUUCCUGCUGGUGCACGGCCCGGACACCCGCCGGCCCCGCUGGCUGCGGGCAGCCGUGGCCGGCGCGUCCCGCCACAUCCAGGUGCUGUGCCGGGCCGUGGUGACGGAGCUGGACCCCGAUGACGCGCGCCCCAAAUCCCAGUGACGGAGCCAGGGGGGAGGCGGCACCUGCCCUCCCCCGCAGACCCACUCCUCCCCUUUUAUUUAUUGGCCUCCUCGGCCCCCCCUUGCCCCGGAAGCAGCUGCUACCAAUAAACCAGCAUCACUCCAGUCA